GUCUAGUAAAGGUAAACCUGCUCAUUUUCAGUGCUAUUUCUAGACUGAAAUUUUGUCCACCCUAAUUUGAGUCGUAUAUGCCCAUAAUCCCAUAUCUCAAGAUUCUCAACUACUUCAUCUGGCAUCCUAACUACUCGACCUCUCAUCCCUGAUUUAGUCUCCAUAGAUCUGAGCUGAUAACAAUAUCAAUUUCAGUUCUGAGCUCCAAAGAAGGUCCAAGUUCGAUUAUAGGAGUUCAAAACGGCUCGCAGUUUCAUGUGAGCUGGCUUAUUGGGUAUUAUUAUUAUUGCUUAGUUUGUGUUCAAUCAACUAUACAUCUGACCUGGAUUCGACUACGCAGUGAAAAUUUAGGAGGGUAGCUGGAAACAUAGAAUCGAGGUUCCUUCAUUGGUACGGAAUUGCCAAUUUCACACGCUGGUGCUUCUACAAGUUAUUGGAUUGUGAAGGGCUCUUAUGUCCGUUGUACUUUGAAGCUCAAAGGAAACAUCUUGCCUACUUAUUGACUUGGAAAGUAAUACAGAAUUUGCACGCAUUGCAUAGCUUCGUGUUAAAAGUUUGAUUUUGUUAAAAUGUUUAUUGGUGUUCUUGGGCAACUGGAGAUUGAUUAGCUGAAAAAAUGGCACUAAAGCUUCCUGCUGCUGAAGCAGCCAAGGCUGCUAUUAAGUCGAUAGGAUGUGGCUAUGAUAUAUCCUUAGACUUGAGGCUUAAAUACUGUAAAGGUGGUCCAUGCAAUAAGCGUCUGAUUGAGAUCAACGAGGACAAAUGCCAAGAUAUUGUUCUUCCGGGUGGGAUUUUAAUCCCGAACGUGCCCAAGUCUAUUAAAUGUGAUAAAGGAGAACGCACAAGGUUCCGAUCUGAUGUUCUGUCUUUCCAACAGAUGUCAGAACACUUCAAUCAGGAAAUAUCUUUGACUGGUAAAAUUCCCACAGGGCUCUUCAAUGCAAUGUUUGAUUUUUCUGGCUGCUGGCAGAAGGAUGCUGCAUGCACAAAAAAUCUUGUUUUUGAUGGGGUCUUCAUCACAUUGUACUCUAUUGCGCUUGAAAAAUCUCAUAUGUUGUUAAGUGAUCAUGUGAAGAAAGAAGUCCCAUCAACAUGGGAUCCUGCAGCAUUAGCAAGGUUCAUUGAGAAAUUUGGUACUCACGUUAUUGUUGGUGUAAAGAUGGGGGGAAAGGAUGUUAUAUAUUCAAAACAACAACGCUCCUCAUCACUUGAACCUGCUGAUGUCCAGAAAAGGUUAAAGGAAAUAGCAGAUAAGAGGUUUUCAGAUACUAACGAACAAUAUAGAUCAGAUUCAGAACAGGUUUAUCAGAAUGACAAGUUUGAAGCUAGGGAGACGCGUCUGAGAUUCGCAGAAGCUAGUGCAUCAAGUUCUUACGUGUACAAGGAGGACAUUGUUAGCAUUUGCAAAAGGAGAGGUGGGAGUGAUUACAGAAACCUAACCCAUAAUGAGUGGUUAAAUACUGUCCAGUUAGAGCCAGAUGCAAUCUCUAUGUCCUUCAUCCCCAUAACAUCACUUCUGAAUGGCAUACCUGGAAGUGGAUUUUUGAGUCAUGCUAUCAAUUUGUACUUGCGUUAUAAACCACCAAUCGAAGAGCUUCACCAGUUUUUGGAAUUUCAGCUUCCAAGGCAAUGGGCUCCGGUAUUCAAUGAUCUCCCUCUCGGUCCACAGAGAAGGAAGCAAAGUUCAGCUUCGUUACAGUUUAGUUUUCUUGGUCCAAAGCUGUAUGUAAACACUGUUCCGGUCGAUGUUGGCAAGAGGCCUGUGACCGGCCUUCGGUUGUACCUUGAAGGCAAAAAGAGCAAUUGUUUGGCCAUCCACUUGCAGCACCUCUCGUCUCUUCCUAAUAUAUUCCAACUUCAAGAUGAUCCACACGGAAACUUCUGCCGAGAAACCUACGACCGCAAGUACCAUGAGAAAGUUCAGUGGAAGAACUUCUCCCAUGUCUGCACGGCACCCGUUGAUUCUGAUGAGGAUCUUUCCAUAGUCACUGGAGCAAAACUCGAAGUCGGUGGCUACGGGUUGAAAAAGGUCCUUUUCUUAAGACUCAAAUUCUCAUCCGUCGUGGGGGCCACUAUGGUGAGGCAGUCAGAGUGGGACGGUUCGUCACAGGGACUAGGCCGCAAAUCCGGGUUGAUGUCAACUUUGAUCAGUCACCAUUUCUCAACAGUUCAGAAGCAACCACCUACACAGCCUGUUGAUUUGAAUGUUAAUUCUGCUGUUUACCCGGGUGGUCCCCCAGUGCCUAUUCAAGCGCCUAAGCUGUUGAAGUUUGUUGAUACGACUGAGAUGAGUAGAGGGCCCCUAGAAACACCUGGUUAUUGGGUUGUGUCUGGGGCAAGACUCAUGGUUGAAAAGGGGAGAAUCUCUCUGAAGGUCAAGUUUUCUUUACUUACUGUUAUACACCCUGAUGAAGGAACACCUGAGUAAACAGAUAGGAGAUAAGGAGAACCUUCCUCCAUUAGUGUGCUCGAGAUGAUGGUUUUACCAUUGCUUUUUAUUUUUUAUUUUUUAAUUUUCACUGUACGCAUAACAAUAUGUUUAAGCUAUGCAUAUGACUAGUCAAAAUAGAAUUCUGAAGUCUGACUAUUGUUGACUUCUUUUUUUUCUAUUCUAAUACAAUGUGAGGCUUUUCUAUUUUUCUUUCCCAGUUUGUUUGUCUCUUCAUGACAGACAGACUAGGGAUUAAGAUUUAAAUGAUGGAGCAAAUUGAAGACAGACUCCAGAUACCAUUACUUGCACAUUACUAGCAUUCUGUUUAUGAAAUAUUAUGUACAUGGGAAGGCCAACAAACUCCUUCCCUUUGACAAGGAAGCGGUGCAGGUUGGGCAAUGAAGGUCGGAUAUUGCUGUCCAGGCAUUAAGACCGUGAAGUCCGGUGAAGAAAAUCUUGGUAUCUGUACAAUAACAAGAUCACAAUUUAUAAAUUCUUUUGGGUUUCUUGUAAGCCAAACGAAACUCCAUCAUAUAAUCUUGAGGUUUAAAGGUGGAUUACUUACUGUUUGUGGUGAUCUUCCAAGCUUGUGCAUUGUUGUUCCAGAUUCUAAGCUGUGGUGGUGCAUAUGACCUUCAGCCCCUCCUUGCUUGAAGAGAUGCUCAAAAAUGGCCAUGAUGAGAAACAUGGAGAUCAAGAUGGCUGUAGCUACAAGCCCGAAACAAAUGGCAUUCGCUGACGUCCCAAAGUUUCUCCAUGCACCACCACCUUCCACCUGGGAUGGACUAGGCUGUUCUGCACUUGUUUUAUAUAUGUUCCAUGCCCCCCUUGUUCUUUCAUACCUCAGCUCACUCAUGUCUGCUAUGCUUUCUUUUCACAAUAAGUAUGAGAUGUAUUCCUCCACCCCCCUCUCUUCAAAGGAGAAUGAUCACAAUAAGAAAGCAGCAAAGGUGUCAAUUUCACUAUCUCAGUCAGACAUGUAAAGAACCAAAGAAAGCAGCUAGCAAUGGUAUACUUCUGUGCUGCAGCAAAAUACUAAAAUCCCAGAGUUGCUGUUUAUCUUACUCAAGCCAAAUGCUUUUCCUGCCAAUGAAGAAACAGACAGACACAUUGCACUAAAGCUAGGUGUACCCUUUCAUAAAUAGCACAAA